AUGGGCGCAAGGAAGCUGACGGAUACAUUCCUUUUUAUGCGGAGUAAUGCUGUUCAGAACAGGACUUUUUCGGGAAAUUUACAGUCCCGCUCAUCAGACAAGGAGAAAUUGCUAGAUGAAUCUGCUAAUAUUGAACUUGGAACCACUCAACUUAAUAGUGGGUUGCACGAGUGGCAAAACAUGGUUAAGUCGAUCAACUUUCAAUUUACCGUCAUUCGUCAAAAAAUGAGGGAACUCGUAACUUUACAUGAUCGUCACAUAAUGGCCGCCAAAUUGGAUGACAACCUCGAUGAAGAUCAAGAAAUCGAACUGCAGACGAAAGAACUGACUCAGCUUUUUACAUUGUGUCACCGCCAAUUGUCGCAACUAACAGCACUGAAGCGGAAAAUUCAGAUGAGCAGCAGAGCACAACCCGAGAGGUUGAUGACUAAUGCGCUUUCCUGUCUCGCCAGAACGCUGCAAGAACUCUCACUGACUUUCAGAAAGGUUCAGUCACAAUAUCUAAACGAGCUGAAAGCAAGAGAUGAACGGAUUCGUGGAUAUUUAAAUGUGACUUUGGGCUCCGAACUUACUGCCGAUGACGUAGCUGGUUUAGCUGAGUUUGAUCUGCUUGAACCUCCUACCGGUGAUCAGACCCAAUUGCUUCUGGCGGAAAAUACAAAGGCUGUUGAGCGAAGGGAGCAGGAAAUAACACAGAUUGUUCGGUCUCUUCAUGAAUUAAAUGAAAUCUUCCGUGAUGUUGCCCAGCUUGUUGUCGACCAGGGCACCCUUGUUGACCGCAUCGAUUACAAUGUGGAACAGACGCAGGUUCGCGUUCAGGAGAGCCUGAAACAGUUGACGAAGGCGGAUUCACACCAGAAGAGGGAUAAGAAACUACUCGUCAUCUUUGUUCUGGCUUGCCUCGUUAUGAUCCUUGGCACCAUUCUAACUAAGGCAAGUGCCAGGCACCAAGUCUGCUUUGAGACGACUGAGCUGUCAGUGCGCCAAGACUCGAUUUCAAGUCAAGACAUGCAUAUAACUGUGGAGCGUCGCGAGCACCUCCGUCCAAAGCUCUUGAAGGAGACAAUGCAGAAGGCUCCUGCCUAA